UCCAGUCCCGCCCCACCAGCCUGAGCCAUCUUGUAUUUAGCAAGAACAAAAACGGUGCAAAGAAACAAGUCCAACCUCGGGAUGGGGCGCAGACAUUAAGUCUAAUUUUAAGAGUAUAUUUCUAAGAAAAGCCAACGGGACAAUAUGCCUGGAAGUGGGGCACCGCGGAGAAACAUCAGCCACACCCCGCAGAGGAGCUAAUGUUAGCUGCCGAAACUAAGCUAGCCAAUUAGCUAAAGCUAGUAGCAACAUAAAGAGGAGAGAAACGGUUCUUCCUGCGCCAGCUAAACUAAAUUAGUGUACUAAAUUUCACUGUCGCCCUGAAAUCUGGAGGGACUUCGGUGGAAAAUGGGACAAACGUCGUGCUGAUUAACCCGCCGAGCCGAGAGGAGACCCGGGCUAUGAGGAUAGCGGCUCGCUAGCUUCGCUGCUAACUGUUGUUUUUCGUUCCACAGCGGCACCACAAUAAGCCGCGGCCCUGGCCAUGCCCUCGAAUGCACGGGCGGGCAAUCUGAAGGACCCGGAUGUGGCGGAUCUCUUCUGCAAAGAUGAUCCGGAGAAGCUGUUCGCUGACCUCCGUGAGAUCGGCCACGGCAGCUUCGGCGCCGUUUACUUUGCCCGAGACGUGCGCAACAAUGAGGUGGUGGCCAUUAAGAAAAUGUCCUACAGCGGCAAGCAGACAAACGAGAAAUGGCAGGACAUCAUUAAAGAGGUGAAGUUCCUGCAGAAACUUCGCCACCCCAACACUAUCGAGUAUCUGGGAUGUUACCUGAAAGAGCACACAGCAUGGCUGGUGAUGGAGUACUGCCUCGGCUCGGCCUCAGACCUCCUUGAAGUUCACAAAAAGCCACUCCAGGAAAUUGAAAUAGCUGCUAUUACCCAUGGUGCACUGCAGGGAUUAGCGUAUCUGCACUCUCACAAUAUGAUUCACAGGGACGUGAAGGCGGGAAACAUCCUGCUGACGGAGCCCGGUCAGGUCAAACUGGGGGACUUUGGUUCUGCUUCGAUCGUGGCUCCGGCCAACUCCUUCGUGGGGACUCCCUACUGGAUGGCUCCCGAGGUGAUCCUGGCCAUGGAUGAGGGCCAGUAUGACGGCAAGGUGGACGUCUGGUCGCUGGGCAUCACCAGCAUCGAGCUGGCGGAGAGGAAGCCCCCACUGUUCAAUAUGAAUGCUAUGAGUGCCUUAUAUCACAUCGCUCAGAAUGAAAGCCCCAUCCUUCAGUCCAAUCACUGGUCUGAUUCCUUCCGCAACUUUGUUGACUCUUGCCUACAGAAGAUUCCCCAGGACCGGCCUACCUCGGACGUGCUGCUGAACCAUCGGUUCUUGUGCCGCGAACGUCCGCUGACGGUGAUCAUGGACCUGAUUGCGCGAACCAAGGAUGCGGUGCGGGAGCUGGACAACCUCCAGUACCGCAAGAUGAAGAAGAUCCUCUUCCAGGAGACCCAGCAGAACGGCCCCGUGUCCGAGGGAGGGGACGAGGAGGAGGAGGCGGAGCAGUACCUGUUGCGGACCGGCACAGUGAACAGCAUGGAGAGCUCCCAGUCGGUGCCCAGCAUGUCCAUCUCGGCCAGCUCUCAGAGCAGCUCCGUCAACAGUCUGGCCGACGCCUCUGACGACAGCAGCAGCGAGAUGGCCAUGAUGCAGGAGGGCGAGCACACCGUCACCUCCAACAGCUCCAUCAUCCACCGACCCACGGGUCAGGAUAACAUCUAUGAUGACCCUUACCAGCCAGAGAUGGACCAACCCCAGGCCCCCUCAGCUGGACGCCGUCGAGCCUACUACCGCAACCGUGACCACUUCGCCACCAUCCGAACUGCCUCGUUGGUGACCCGUCAGAUCCAGGAACACGAGCAGGGCUCGGCGCUGCGAGAGCAGAUGUCCGGGUACAAGCGUAUGAGGCGGCAGCACCAGAAGCAGCUGAUGGGGCUGGAGAACAAGCUGAAGGCGGAGAUGGACGAGCACCAGCUGAAACUAGACAAAGAGCUGGAAAACCAGAGGAACAGCUUCUCCACCGAAGCCGACAAGCUGGUGAAGAAGCACCAGGCCAUCCUGGAGAAAGAGACGAAAGCAGCUCUGACGGAGGAGAAGAAGUUCCAGCAGCACAUCCUGGGCCAGCAGAAGAAAGAACUGACCAGUUUACUGGAAUCGCAGAAGCGCCAGUACCGGCAGCGCAAGGAUCAGCUGAAAGAGGAGCUGAAUGAGAACCAGUUGACUCCGAAGCGGGAGAAGCAGGAGUGGCUGAUCCGUCAGAAAGAGUGUCUGCAGCAGAUGCAGGCGGAGGAGGAGGCCAGCCUGCUCAGGAGGCAGAGGCAGUACUACGAGCUGCAGUGCCGCCAGUACAAGAGGAAGAUGCUGCUGGCUCGCCACAACCUGGAGCAGGACCUGCUCAGAGAGGACCUGAACAAGAAGCAGACCCAGAAGGACCUGGAGUGUGCCAUGCUGCUGCGGCACCACGAGUCCACCCAGGAGCUGGAGUUCAGGCAGCUGGGCUCCGUGCAGCGAACCCGGGCCGAACUGAUCCGGACGCAACAUCAGACCGAACUGACCAACCAGAUGGAGUACAACAAGCGGCGUGAGCAGGAACUGCGACAGAAACACGCCAUGGAGGUCCGGCAGCAGCCCAAGAGCCUCAAGUCCAAAGAGCUGCAGAUCAAGCGUCAGUUCCAGGAGACCUGUAAGAUCCAGACCCGUCAGUACAAAGCCCUGAGGAACCACCUGCUGGAGACCACCCCCAAAUCCGACCACAAGGCCGUCCUCAAACGCAUCAAAGAAGAGCAAACACGUAAGCUGGCCAUCCUGGCCGAGCAGUACGACCACUCCAUCAACGACAUGCUGUCCACACAGGCUGUGAGUAAGCUGCGGCUGGAUGAGACCCAGGAGGCGGAGUACCAGGUGCUGAGGAUGCAGCUGCAGCAGGAGCUGGAGCUGCUGAACGCCUACCAGAGCAAGAUCAAGAUCCACACCGACAAUCAGCACGAACGAGAGGUGAAGGACCUGGAGCAGAGGGUGUCCAUCCGCCGGGCGCUGCUGGAGCAAAGGAUCGAGGAGGAGAUGCUCUCCCUGCAGAACGAGCGCUCGGAGCGGAUCCGGACUUUGCUGGAGCGCCAGGCUCACGAGAUCGAGGCCUUCGACUCGGAGAGCAUGCGUCUCGGCUUCAGCAACAUGGCGCUGACGGGCAUCCCGGCCGAGGCCUUCAACCAGGGCUACCCGACCCCCAGCCCCUCCUCGGGCUCCAGCGGCUGGCCGUCCCGACCCGUCCCCCGCUCCGGCAGCCACUGGAGCCACAGCGUCCAGAACUCGGUGGCGACUCCGUCCUGGCGCAGUCAGAACCACAGCGGGGCGAGCUUCAUCCGCACGGAGUCCAUCACCUCCUCCCACGGCCUCGGCAGGGACAGCGAGCUGCACAAGAGCGCCAGGGGCCACCCCUCCGGCUCCGCCCACCUCCACCACCAGCACCAGCAGCAGCAGCAGCAGCAGCAGCAGCACUACCUCCCCCAGCACUACCAACACCACCAGAGCACGCCACAGCUCUACCGCGAGAGCCACGAGCGCGACAGCAGGGAGCGCGAGCGGGCCAGGGAGUGGGUGGGAGGAGGGGCCCACUACCCCCAUCACUCCCAGGGCCACCACCACCACCACCACCUCCUCUCCUCCCACGCCUCCUCGCAGUCCCUUGCUCUCCUUCCUCCCCCACCGCUGCCUCCCCCCAUCUCUCUCUCGUCCUCCUCCCCUCCGUCCUCCGCCUCUUCUUCUUCGUCAUCACAGGGAGGCUACGGCGGCGGGGGCCUGAGCGUCAGGGGCCCCGGUCUGAUGGCCCUCAGGAACAGCCCCCAGCCUCUGAGGAGGACGGCGUCCGGAGGGCCGGGCGGCGGCGGGGGGAGCGACGGAGGGCUCAGCCGGAGCACAUCGGUCACUUCUCACAUUUCUAACGGCUCUCAUCUCUCCUACUCAUGAAACCGCCGCGAGGCCUCCGACCUGCGGGCGCCGCUCUGCUUCUGUACGGGGAAAAACAAACAUGGCUGAACGCAGAAGCAGAACCCUUAGAGAGGCGGAGAGAGUUUCUAGCCGGAGCAAAAAAAUCGAUCGUAUAAAUACCCCAUUUUUAAAAAAAGUGUCAAUUUUAAGAUCUCCUUUCUCGAAGCGUGCAGGGAGCCUCAGAGCGUUCUUGGCGUGAGAGGAGAAAGAGAGGAAGCGAUUUUAUAGAGAAGUCUUCGCACGUUAAAGAGCUCCACAGUGAAGAAACAAAACGGUCCAAAAAAACCACAAACGACACGUCCAUGUGUGAAAAUGAGCCGCGUGUUGCAAACUGAGCAAGUCGAAGCGUUAACGAAACGUCCGCUUGUUCACUUUGUGACGCACCGAAUCCGUUGCACAAGUCUCGACUUGGAGGUUUAACUGCAGGAGACGCGUGUCGCCUGCCGGACCAGUUUGAGAUUCAGGUUUGAGCCGAGACCUUCAGGCGUUCAGGUUUAACGUUUUUAAAGGCGGCGAGCGGGUUUAUUUUAAUUAUUUUUUUUAGUUUGUAUCGAACUGAGCGACAGUUGUGGAGCUUCCACUGGGCUAGCGGUGCUUUAAAAACCACUGUAACUAUGUAAAUAACGGUAAAACUGUACACCCAGUUUUUGAUUUGUAAGUGUUUCAUACAUUCAGCAGGGCGGCGGGGGCGGGGCGGGGGUCGACCACGGGAAGACUUCCCGUCAAGACAUUUCUUUUUAUUUGUAGUGUUAAGAUUCUGUAUAUGACAAACAAAACACUGCCGUCUCUUUGUUGGGCCGAAGACAAAUCUACCACUGCCCUUUAAGUCUUCUUGAAGGAGCGGUCUGACGUUCAGAGGCGUGAACCCGGUUUGAUCUCUGGGCGUUCGGUGCAGAAGUGAUUUAUCUUUAGCGGGAGGAAACCUUGCAGCAGCUGUCACACGGACACGCUGUGUGGCUGAAUGAUUAUAGCUUCACGAGCACUUUGUUCUGUCCUCUUGAUUUAAAUGCAUCGUCUGGUUGCAGCGGGCGCUAAAAUCCUCCAUCAAACCAUCUGUGGUUUCAUAUUUUGGCGUCGAUGCGUCACGUUGUACAGGAGCGACCGUAUUUACGGAUAAACUGUCGACACACGGAUGUCUCGAUUUUGGCCAGUCCAAGAAAUUAAAGACCUGACGUCGAUAUAAAAAUGAUUUGAAACGACUUUACUGCCAUAAAACUCUCACUAAUUAAUAAUAUACCAUAUUAUGGUAAUUUUUCAGGCUCAUACUCUUAGUUUGGGUUUCUUCUCCAACAUGUUUACAUCCUUUAAUGUUUAAAAAACACAUUAUAUUUCGAUGUUUGGAGAUGGUUCUGGCUCUGUGAGACUUAUUAAAAUACAAAACCACAACAUUAUAACUUACUUCUCUGUUUUUAAGGAGAAAUUAUUGUCUGGUUUUCCCUCUGAUGUCCUCCGGCUGCUCCGCCUCAGCUUUGGGUGAUUUACCGAGCUUGUUUGUUUAGCCGCUAACUGCUGCUAAGGGUGCUAGCUGCUGCUGCUAGCUAGUUAUCCGUGCAGCUAGCCGUCCCGUUAGCUGACUCUGCCCGGACUGGAAGCUUGGCGUGUUGGUGUUAGUGCAGGAGCGUUCCAGUCCAGGCGGCGCCAGCAGCUACUGUUGGCGGUAACUAGCAGCUAACAGUAGCUGCUACUUCAUAAAGACGACAACGCCUUUUUAUAUCGACUCGCCUCUAAACUAAGUAACUUGCGCAUCAAGAAGCGGCGACGUGAAAACACGUUACAUGUGAAGCUGUUGGAAACAGUUUCCUCCUCCUUCUUCUUCUGCGAGUUGUUGUUUUCAAACUCACUUCUGCACCGAACAAAAAGAGUCAAAACGGCAAACAGGAAAACGUCCCAGGACGUCGGAGCGCUCCUUUUUAAAGGGACGCUGCCGAGAGUAUUUUUGAGUGAGCCGAGCGCUAAAUGUGUGCGAUGUUUGCUGAGAGUGAGUGUGUGUGUGUGUGUGUGUGUGCAGCUUACCGUCACCUCCACCUGUUUCCCCUCAUAGUUCGGUCUGCGUCUGUAGAUAAGAUGUACAUUUACAAACUAGUACAACUCAAGUGCAUGGAACUGUGUACAGACAGCAUUUGUAUGGAUAACAUGCACACUACCUAUUUAUAUAAAUGCAUAUUAAUGUAAGUUACCUGUCGCAGGUAUACUGAAGAUUGUUCACUGUCCAAACACUUUGACUUGCAUUGUACUUAACCAGUGUACAUAAAAGCACUAACGUUUGAGGCUGUGUUAGAGUAAUAAUAAUGAUUAUUUUGUCACGUGCGUUUUACCGAUUUGUACUAGAUGCAGACAAAAAUAGAUGCUAUCAUCAUUAUUAUUACCUCUGCUGCAGUGGGAAUAUUUAUGUUGUAUGCUAAUUUUAAAAAAAAGUUUUUAAAAUGUAAUUGCCAAUUUUGACCACUAGGUGGGGAAUAAGCGCAAUGUAACUGUGAUAGAGCUAUAAAAAAAAAAUAUUAUGUUGUGUAUUUUUUUUUAAAGGAGGACAAAAGGACUACCUUACCCAGCAUUCCUGUCGCGGUCUCAGGGAAGGAGUCUACAGUUCUGGGCAGGGCUGCGUUCGACUUUGUGUUUUUUUUAUUUUUGAGCCAGUAUUAAAAGGCGGGAGCGUCCGCAGUCGACGCAUUUACAGAUUCUUUCACUACAUUUUGGUGCCAUGUUUAUUUUAUUUUUUAUUUUAUAUUUCGAUUUCCCUCCGAAAAAAACACUGAAAUGUGCAAAAUUACGGAGCCUCAGAGGGUUCAAUGUUAAAUGUAUAAGUAAAAAAAAAAAAGACAAACAGUCGUGUGAAUAAAUUGUGCAAAAAUACAUAAAAGAAUUUGUAAAGUAAUUAAAGGAAAUUAUUAAAACUCAAAUGUUAAUCAUUUUUGAGUUUUAUUGGAUAUAAUUAAAAUUUUCAUAUUCUUUUUUUUUUUCCACACUUUUAUUCAAUAUCCUGUUUUUGUUUAUUCAUGAUGUUACGAAAAGUGACGUCAUGAAUUAAAAACAAACUUUUUGAGAACCAUUUAAAAAAAAAAAAAAAUUGUAUAUGUAUUUAUAUAUUUCACAAGUGAGUUCAUCCAAGGAAGGUUAAAAACCAAGAACUGGACUUUGUUACCUUCAUACGGAGGACUUCUUCACUUCUGACUGACUGGAGGGGAAACUAAGCCGAUUAACCUCUGGGGGGUCGUUAUCAAGACGAUCGACAUCGCUGGGUCGUUGGAGCCACUGAGGCCAAGUCUGAACGCUUGUUUAGUUUCCUGGGGAGAGAUGAAAGGACGGCAUUGUAAGUGGGGGGAUAAGCGUUGUCGCAGACGGUCUCUCCACUCGGAUGUAAAUGGAUUCCCUGACGCACCUUUCACACCAUCCGUCCUCUCUGUCUGAAGGCUGCAUCCACAAUACUACAUCCCGUCCAGACUAAAACAAAGAAGUUUGAAAACGCUGCUAGACCCCGUUUUAUGUUUAAAACUCCGGGGUAGCGUUUUACUGCGGACAGGUGAAAACGGAGGACGUCAAAAACGCUCACGUUUGGCUUCCUGAUUGGCUCUCAUCAGACGCUACUGAGUAUUUUGUACCGUGUAAAUAACACUUGUACUAAAACGCUGCUGUGGACGGAUUUGAGACGUAGUGUGGAUGUAGCCUGAAACGAGUGUCCUCCAUCCUUCUGGUGUUUGUUGAUACUCCAGACACGAGUAUCUUUAACCAGGUCCCGCUGCCCUUCAUUUUUAACCUUCCCUGGAUAACUCCGACCUGAACGACCUUCACAGACACACGAGUUCAGUUUUAAUAAUUCGUUUCACAAUUUCUACUAGAGAUGUAUAUAAUUUUUUUUUACACACUUCACUCACCUGACUGUUUAUUACUGGAGGACUUUGGGGCUCCGGUAACAGAACUUAAAGGCCUCCUCGUUUGGUUUUGCACAGUGUGAAUGGGUAGAAACAUCCUGCGGCCGCUUCCUGCAGAGGAAAAUAAACCCGCCGCUGCAGGAAGCCGACGUCGGUGUGAUCCGAUGCUGCGUGUAGUCGUCACAUCUACCUCAUUUGCACUGAUUUUACUAACAAGAAUGUUUUGGGUGGAAAAACAAAAUGCAUAUUUCUCAUAGGCGGACUUUUGGCUUCUUUUCGCUUAACUUGUAGUUUGUUUUUUAUAAACGUGGAGGAGCGAUGCUGGAUGCGAGCAGGACAGGAAGUUGUUUGUUUUUUGUUUUUUUUUACGUUUCCCCUCCGCUGACCCGUCUCUUCAGGACAUGCUGGACUUGAAACGCUAAUAAAGACGCUCUGCUGGGUGGGAGCAGGUCACCCACGCUGGUGUUGACCUCAGUGGAUGGAAAUGUUUGGUGUCUGCUGGCCGCACGUGGAUGAACUCUUGUUUCUCCCCAUCCUGUAAGGAAACGUUUGAACCGUGAGAUUUCAUUUUGCCAACUUUAUUUUAUUUUUUAAAUGCAUUGUUUUGUGACCAUUCCUGUGUUACUGUUGCCAAUUAAAGCUGCACUGGGGGGGUCAGUACCUCCGACAGAGGGGCGAGUAGAUGUUUAGAUUGAUCCUGUUUCUUAUGUAAACAGAGUGAACACGGUGAGCAGUUCACUGACAUCGGGAUUUCUGUGUUUUUUUUUUUUUUUUUUUUUUUAGAGGAACAUUUUGGGAAAUGUUCUUGUUUGCUGUCUUUCUGCAGAGUCACGUGUUUUAGGACGACGGAGAGCCAAAAAAUAAUUUUAUUUAUUUUGCAUUUUGAGAAUUUAGUCGAAAUGACAAACAUUUUGUCUUUAUUCUCGAAAUGCAAAAUUAAAAAAAAGAUCUUCGUCAUUUUCCCCCUUUUUUGUAGCCCUAGUUUUGUGGUCGUAGUUUUACUAAUUAUUAUUUUUAUUCAUGAUUAAUCUGCAGAUUAUAUUCUUGAUAAUUUGAUUAAUUAUUUUGGUCGAUAAAAUGUCUGAAAAUAGUGAAAGAAAGAUCUGUUGGGAUUUCUUCAAUCCCAAAAUGACGUCUCCAAAUUUGUCCAACAAACUCAAAAUUAAACACAAAUAUUUAAUGGAUAGAAAACAAGUUAGUGACCGUUUUUUAAAAAUGAAUUCUCAAAUUCAACAACCUCUCAAAUUUGAGAAUUUUUCGGUUUUAAAUCUAUAAACUAAAAACUACUUGUGCCUUUUGGUCGGACAAAGCAAAUUCUGAGGAGCGUUUCUACGCAGUUUACUGAUAUUUUGUAAACUUAUUGAUUUAAUUGAAGAAAUGAUCUGCAGGCUGGUCAUUAAUGUAAAUCCUACAUUGCAGCACUGUAUUCAUGUCGAUUUAGCCGUUUGGUUUAUAGAAAGUUCUUCAGCUGCUUGUUUUUGUACAAAGAUCAAAAAUAUAUUCUGUUGUCGUACAAAAACGUAAAAAAGCAGCAAAUUUGAUCAUGAAAAUGUUGAGCGGAUUGAUUUUAAAUUAAAGUUAAGACAAAUUAUUUCAGCACCAUAUUUGUUUUGUCAGAUUUUGUGAUUUGGUUUCUUCUCCCAAGUGUCCUUCGUGGUGCGUUCAUGCGUAGUUUGACAUUUGGGCGCCGGAAUAAAUGAGAUGUAUGAUGAAAAUAAGACGGCAAACAAGCAGAUUUCCCAAAACACCGUGCUGUUUUUUCCUUUUUGUACGUUUCCUGGUGCAGAUUUUUAAAAUGUUUCUGUGGGACAAAGUUCAGUGUUACCGCCUCGGCCUCUGAAGGCAGGAAGCCCCCCCCAAAAAAAACAAAGAGAAAAACACCCCCCGACUGUCCUGCUGUUUGUGGCCAGCAGGUUAAAGAACUGACAGGAAGCUCAGCCGUGAUGAAGAUGAUGAUGAUGAUGAUGAGUUUGUGUGCAGAGCAGGAUGCAUGUGGUUUGUACAGCGGAGAGUUUCAGAUGCAAAAAUGUUUUUUGGAGGAGAAAAAGUUUGAGAUGUACAGAAACGUUAACGAAAUAAUUUUGGAGAAAUAAAAUGAACAAAAAACAGAA